AUGCUUCCACCCUCUUCUUCUUCUUCUUCUGCAAACUUUGUUGUUUUAUUUGUAUUUAUCAUAGCUUCCUGCUUCCUCUUCCAAGUCAACGAAGCACACAUCACUUUGCCUAAUAACAUUACGAUCCCGGCCUUGAUUGCGUUUGGAGAUUCGAUCAUAGACCCAGGCAACAAUAAUAAUCUUCAGACGCUGGUGAAAUGCAACUUCCCUCCCUAUGGCCGUGAUUUCAAGGGAGGAAUCCCCACUGGAAGGUUUUGCAACGGAAAGGUUCCUACUGAUUUCAUAGCUGAAGAUUUGGGAAUUAAGGAGCUUUUGCCUCCAUAUCUUGACCCAUGCUUGAAGCCUCCAGACCUCCUCACAGGUGUAAGCUUCGCCUCCGGUGGUGCUGGUUAUGAUCCGCUCACCGCUAAGUUAACGUCAGUGUUGUCUCUGUCGGAUCAAUUGAACUUGUUCAAAGAGUACAUGGGGAAGCUGAAAGUGAUUACUGGAGAAGAGAGAACAAGGAGCAUUAUUGCAGAAAGCUUAUAUGCAAUCUGUACAGGGAGCGAUGAUAUUGCCAAUACUUAUUUCUCUACUCCUUUCAGAAAUAUGAACUACAAUGUCCCUGCCUAUACUGAUCUCAUGCUCACUUCAGCUUCCAGAUUCAUUCAGGAUCUGUAUGGUUUAGGGGCAAGAAGGAUCGCUGUGAUAGGCAUCCCACCGAUUGGAUGUGUGCCAUUUCAGAGAACCCUAGGAGGAGGGGGAGAGAGAAGGUGUGUUGAGAAAUACAACAAAGCAGCAUCUCUUUUCAACACUAAGUUGUCUUUCCACAUCGGCUUCCUCAACCAAAGGCUCCCACAAUCCAAAAUUGUGUUCAUUGAUAUCUACAAACCCCUACUUGAUAUCAUCCAAAACCCUCAUUCCUACGGUUUUGAAGAGGUGAACGAUGGAUGUUGUGGCACAGGAAAACUAGAGGUUUCAAUACUAUGCAACAACUUGGUCCCACAAACGUGCUCAGAUGACUCCAAAUACUUAUUCUGGGACAGCUAUCAUCCCUCUGAGAGAGGCUACCGCUUCCUCACCACCAUCAUCUUACAAGACCACAUCAAUCACUUCUUCUAAAUUCAAGCUAAUGUUU